AUGACGGACGGCGGAAGUGUCAGCCCACUCGUGAGUGAAGAAAUCUUUAAGGCGUCCUGUGCCAGAGAGAUGGCUCUGCGCGCUCUGAUGGAGAAGACUGGCUAUGACAUACUGCAGGAGAAUGGACAGAGGAAGUAUGGAACUAACCCGCUGUGUGUUUCAGACUGGGAGGGGCCACCACCCCCACGAGGCUGCGAGGUGUUUGUGGGGAAGAUUCGAGACAUGUAUGAAGAUGAGCUGGUUCCACUGUUUGAGAGGGCUGGAAGGAUCUACGAGUUCAGACUGAUGAUGGAGUUUAGUGGAGAGAACCGCGGCUACUCCUUCAUCAGUACACCAACAGAGGCAGCUCAGAGAGCCAUCGAGACGUUGGACAACUAUGAGAUCAGACGAAAGUUCGUCGGCGUCUGUAUGAGUUUGGAUAACUGCCGCCUCUUCAUCGGCUCCAUCCCCAAGGACAAAUGGAAGGACCAGAUCAUGGAGGAAAUGAAGAAGGUGACGGACGGUGUCGUGGAUGUUAUCGUCUACCCCAGCUCCACAGAUAAGACCAUUAAUCGAGGUUUUGCCUUUGUUGAGUUUGAAUCUCACAAAGCUGCAGCCUUGGCCAGGCGGAAGCUCAAAUCAGGUGCCUUCCAGCUGUGGGGUCAUUCCAUCCAGGUGAACUGGGCUGAACCGGAGAAGAACGUGGACGUCAUGCAACGUGUCAGAGUCCUUUAUGUACGAAACCUAAUGCUGAACACCACAGAAGACACUCUUCAUCAGGAGUUCUCACACUUCAAACCGGGGAGUGUUGAACGGGUCAGGAAGCUCACCAACUAUGCCUUCAUCUACUACCGCUCGUGUCAUGAUGCUGUCACUGCACUCAGCCACAUGAAUGGAGCUGUGAUCGACGGGGCCAUGGUCAGCGUGACACUGGCCAAAAUGCCAGGCAUCAAAGAAGGGGGUGCGGCUGGGAGGAAGCACAGAAACAAAGGAUACCUGGGAAAUAAUUUAGAUUUUCCAGUGGCCUUUAACAGCAAUGGAAGUGUCUCUCAUCUUGAUCCUGGGACCUCAAGUCUAAGAAGGUUUGGCUGCUGUAAGAAUCAUCUAGACAGGUGUAUGUUACCCCUAUUCCCCGGGACCCCGCUGACCCCCACCCGCCUGCUGUCGGUCAAACAGGCUCAGAUCUGCUCCGCCGUCAGCCUCCUGGACUUCUACUGCUGUCGGAACAACUGGGCCCAGCCCGAGUACCACCUGUUUUCCACACCGGGCCAGGACGGGAUGCUGCUGCUGCUCUACAAGGUAGUGAUCUCAGCCACUCAGACAACAUACUUCCCUCAUAAACUGUGUUUGCUGCUGGAAGAUGCCAAAGAGCUGGCAGCGCAGACUGCUCUGUGGAACCUGGGUACUGCACACACAUUCACAUCCGCUCAGAUACAGAUGGCUGAUGUGUCUUCAGCAGUUAGCUUCAUGUAUAAACACAUGUACCUGUUAGCUGAGUGUGCAGACGAGGUGAAACCAGGUUAA